AUGGAUGUAGCCAGUUCCGUGGAGUGCUACAUCAAGGAACACAAUGUCCCUAGUGAGGUUGCCCUAGCAAGGAUAAGCUCCUUUGUUGAAGAUGCAUGGAAGACCAUAAAUCAAGCACCCUUCAAGUAUCCUACUCUUUUUCCAGUUGUGCAACGAGUUACUAGCCUAGCAAAGAGCAUGACACUGUUGUUCCUCGACAAGCGGGACGCAUACACAUACAGCAAGGACUUCAAAAAGACAUUGGAGAGCCAUUUCGUCAAGCAUAUUCCUCUCUAA